CUCACAACCCUUAACCACAGGGAAAACCGAGUAAAUAUUUACAUUAGUCAUCAUAUAUAUGCAUAGAGCUGAUAAAUUCGGCAAUAUAUUACUCGAUCGCAAAUCAUUAGGAAGGUGAAUGAAUAGGACGAGAGUAGAUAACGUGGGUAAAGUUAAUGUUAUAAAUAGUAAUAGGGGGGUAGUGAGAACGUGCGCGGGCGCAAGACUUUUGUUAUUGUUGCUGUUGCAUCACAUUAACAUUUUCAUUUCUGUCUUAAAAGUACCAAAUAUAAAUCCAGCCAGCACGUAUUGUGAAGGAGAAGACGGUACGAAGAGGUGAGCAGAAGGUAUAGGCAAGUAAUGACAGAAUAUCCACCCAGGAAGAAGUUACGUCAGGUGUCACUACUAGAGAUGCUCAUGCAGUCUCCACAAAGCAAACUUCAGAGUAAAAAUAACCAGUCAACUGUUAAUGCAGAAUUGGAUAGCUCACACAACAUCCAGGCAAGUAUAGAGUGUCUAAGACUAGUCUCAUCAGACAGUGCAGCAGAUGAUAUUGAAAUGAUGGAAACUGAUAAAGCAUGUAAGGAAACCCCCGAAAAUGAGGAUUAUAAGGAUGAAAAGCAGUGUUUUGAUGAUGAACAGUCAGCAGAAAAUAGCAAUGAUCAAGAAAGGGGGAAAGAAGAGGGGAAAAAGAAUGAAGAUUCAGAUGAGAGUCAAAAAAAGAAAAAGAAGGAAGUUACUGGUGAAAAGAAUGAUGGAUUGGAAGACACCAAAACAUGUGUUGAGUGUAGAAGUUCUCUGAGUACUGGUCCCAGAGAAAAGAAUCAAUCCAAGGGAUCCACACCCAAGAAGUUUAACAAAAAAGCUACAGGCAAAAGGUCUCCAAAAAGGUCUCUCAUGAAGGAAAAGGAAAGCCGGCAUAUCAAUGGAAGAUCAUCAGAAAGGCGCAAAAUUCUGGCAGAUGCAGCUGAGCGGAGGAUGAAAUUGGGGGUGACUACGCUGUCAGACACAGCUGAACAAAAUGCUCCAAUGUCUCCAGAUAUGUUUGAUGAUGGUGAUAAUGAUGACAAGAAAAUGGGAGAAGAAAUGGAGAUCACAUGGCGUUGUUUUCCUCUUUCAUCCCUGACUACUUUAAGUAGCAGUAACCUUAACUUGCCACCAGUGCAUCCUGCUCCUGACCACACAGUGAUGGUGAGGCUUCCUCUCCCUGUUAAAGGUGCUCCUGCCCCACAUCCAUUGUCUUAUACUGAUGUAUGGGACCAAUAUCAUGUCAGAAUGCCAUGCUCACCAAAGAGUCAGUAUCCACUGGGAAAGGGCAGUGAUUCACUUGUCCCACGAUGGUCGAUAAUCUGCCAGUCACUGAGAAGAGGUAUUGGAAAUGUGGAGGAGUUGCAGCGUUCAGUCUUGGAUUACAACAGUCGUUAUGCAACAAAAUGGAGGUUUAAGGGUCUUCAACACCUGAUAGAGCAGGAGUUUGAUGAGGUGGAACGUGAUUAUUUCUUCAGCACUACAUUGCCAGCAAUGAUACGCCUUGCCCUAAAUCUUCCCAAGCUUGUCACACAGGCCCCGCCACUUCUCAUUUGCCGAGCCACACACUCCAUCACGUUAUCCCAGUUGCAGAUUGCAUCACUUCUUGCCAAUGCUUUUUUCUGUACUUUUCCACGAAGAAAUGCCAAGGGAAGUGACACUGAGUAUUCUAACUAUCCUGACAUUAAUUUUAACAGAUUAUUUUCUCAUAAAGAAAAGCGGGCCUUAGAGAAGAUGAAGUGUGUGCUAAAUUAUUUUCGAAGAGUAACAACCGAAGUGAGGGGGAGGAGGUGGGUCAGGUUGUGUGAAAAGAGGAGAUUCGUUUUUUUUUUCCCCAAACUGAUCAUCUCCCGGCUCUUCACUCAGGCACUGGACAAAACUGAGGCACUCAUCAUCACAGGAGCUGAGCAAUUUAAUAGUGGUAAUGGCUAUGCCUCAACUUUUUGCUGGGCCGACUCUUACGUAGACUGCACACCUGUUGAUACAUGGGGGCGAAGAAUGUGCCAAGUUACAGCUAUAGAUGCUCUUCACUUUACGAAACAGCCACAAGUACAGUACAGGCCAAGCUUUGUUAUUAGAGAGCUCAAUAAGGCAUAUGCUGGUUUUCGUGUUCUGGACAGGAGUAAUGGAGUUGCUGUUGGUGUCGCUACUGGAAACUGGGGGUGUGGAGCUUUCAGAGGAGAUCCACGUCUCAAGUCGCUGAUUCAACUGGCUGUAUGCGGUUACACUGGACGUGACAUUGCUUAUUUCACCUUUGGGGAUGAAAAACUUCGGAAUGACCUUGCUACUAUGUAUAUCUUUUUGAAGGAAAACAAUGUUACAGUAGGAGAAUUAGUUCAGGUGCUGCUCCACCAUGGGUCACGGGAGUGGUCUGAUGGCUCUGAUUUUUUCCAGUACAUCUAUCAUAACCUUAGGGCUUAUGAGUCAGAAACAGACGAUGAAACGGAGGAAUCUGCUGAUCAAGAUGUAGAUAAAAAGAGAGAGGAACGAACUGUUGAUAGUUCACAUACCACCACCAAGACACCAAAGAACAUUGCAGACUACUUCAAAAAGACUGUCAAAACAAGCCUACCAUCUGCCUCACCAUCUCUUAGUAGUUCACUUUGUCAUGCCUCUACUAGUCAACAAUCAGCAUAUAAUGUAAAUGCAGUUGAAAAAUCAAGAAAAGAGAGUCUUUCUGAGGAUAAGAUUUUGCAAGUCUUAACAGAGUGUGAUCGUCUGGUAGGAGGCCAGUUGGUGAAAAGCCAUGAAACUUCAAAUUCAAAAUCAGCUGCUAAAACACGCAAACUCAUGGAUCAGGACCGAGAUGCUGGUAGUACAGAGAACUCUAGAAAUUGUAAGAGAGAUGUAAAUGGGAGAGAGAGAGAGAAAAAUGAAGAGAAAAAGAAUACAGUGUCUACAAAUUCUGGUGAACCAAGUAGACUAUUGUCAUUUUUGGAUGAUAUAGACAAAAGUUUGGCAUCAUAGGUACAAAUAUAUCUCCAAUGCUGUAUAUUUUGUAUAUGAUAUGUGUAAAUGAAAUUAAAUUAUAUACUUUUAACAACAGUUAGAGAAUGGUAUUUUUUAAAUUUUGGGGGGAUGGUCAAAUAAUAGUAUUGUAAUUUAGUACAGCAUGACCCCCGUAUCCACGGGGGAUGCAUUCCAAGGACCUGCCAUGGAUACUGAAACCGUGGAUAGUAGCGAACCCUAUAUAUAAAGUUUGAUAUAUUGUGCACAAUAAGUAGAGAAUUGUUACUUCACUGAUGGGAAGCACAUUACGGUUUCUCUUAGACUUUGAAGAACUUCCACCAUCACUACUUUUGCACUUUGAAGCCAUUAUUAAGCAGAAUUAUUUUUGGGCCAUAGUAAACAUUGGAUAACUGAAUCUGCAUAUACUGGACCCAUGGAUACGAGGAUCCUGCUAUAUAUUAUUUGCAUUUUUUUACUCUUAUUUUUUUAUAUUUCAAUAAUUUAGAGAAAAUAAAGUUUGUUUUUGCUAAAAAGUAAAGGGUUUGUAGUUACAGAAAUGUACGAGGAAAUGAUAUUAAUAUCUUCACUUCAUGCUGACUUAUCACCCAGUGAUUACUUUUCCGAUUUGAUAUGCUGCAGCUUUAAAAAGAACUUUAAAACAGUUAUCAGUAAUACUGGCACCCUUGGGACCAAGACCAUCCCAGUGUGUACAGAUGCUACCCUACUUAUGAACAUUUGGACAUACGAACAGCCUGCCAUGUUAAAGUUUCAUUUGGGACCACAAUAUCAAGAGAUUCUCAAAGGUUUCAACUAGUGUUAACAAUUCUAUCUUGUGCUACCUUCUUUUAUACGACAAGAAGAGAAAAAACGGUGCAAACUUUCUUAGACAAAUUCUUCAGACCAGUGCCUUCUAACUCAAUAGCCUCUUCAGGUGUUGAAGAAACCCAGGCUUAUGAAACCCUGAGUUACGAAGCAUUUGAUGAUGAUGAAGUGUAUGAGGUUGACGAUCCUCUCCUUCAGUAGCCCCACACAACGUCUGAUCUUUGUCUCAUCCAUCACCAAGUUUAUUGUACCAAUUAAAAAGGUAAUUAGUUUUUUAUAACAGUAUUGAUUAUAAAAUAUGCAUUAGUACAUGUAUUGAGAACUGUACAUUACUGAUACUGUACAGUAUUUUCAACAAACAACAGUGCAGAGAGAGAACAAUAAUAAUAAUGAUAAUAUUAAAAACAAAUCAUAAUAGAAAAAUGGCAAAAUAACGACUUACGAACAAUUCAAGAUCACGAACAGCCUUCUGGAAUGUAACUUGUUUGUAAGUUGGGGGGGCGUCUGUAUAAUGCAAUGUAGAUGUACUGGUAUCUCGGGUACCAUCCUGCUUUAAUAAUUUUGGUACCAUGUUCCAAGUAUUCAAUUUCUGUUAAAUUUAAUGCAGCAUGUAUUUAUGUAGUAAAUAUAAAAGAUGUACUUAAAAUAUUAAGCAGUAAAUAAAAUUAGGCAAUCCCAGAAUAUUGAAUUUAAAAAAAAAAAAAAGUGGACCCCUAGUUAUUAAAUUGUACAUGAUGGCGAGUGUUCUGAAGAGACAUGUUGGACAAAUAGUGGUUUCUGACAGUAAUCUAUCACGGCCAUUACUGGUGUCUUAAAAAAAAAAAAAAAAAAAAAAAAUUUAAUCUGCUCUGUCACUGCCGUAAAGCACGGUAUGACCCAUACAACUUUCAAGUGCCUAUUCUUUUUGGUUUAAUAGGUAUUACACUGGUUAUAGUGAAGGACAUUUUGUGAAAAGUAUAAGAUUAAUCUAACUUCCAUUAAUACAUUGUUUACACUUUUAGUUACAGGUUGUGCUGCUAAAUACUGUAACUUUUAUAUCUCCAGACAGCUUUUGCUAAGCACUUGACAUGUUGUUAUAGUGAUGUAGUAGUUAUCGCACAUCACAAGUUGGUACAAACCUGAAGAAAGGAUGAAUUACUGGGCAAGCCAUGUGUCUACAUUGAAGAUUUAUGGACGUACAACUCAUAAAUCAACUAUGAAUAACAAUCAUUAUAAGCCUUAAGAAAUUUAUACCGCAGUGGCAAACUUUAAUAUUGCCCUUAGAUUUUUGGAAUGGUUGAUACAGUUCAGUGUGUUUAUGAAAGAAGGGAAGGUAUCCAAGAUUGGCAGAGAGCAUGUGUAGUCUCAGCUGCAGAUACAAUCUGGUGGCAAAUAGAACAGUGUAUCAAUUGUAAUCAUUACCCUCUCAGCUGAUGUUCCACCCUCAACAUCCCCCUAUGACUUAAGUUUAGCUCAUUCCAUAAUUUAUAUAUUAUUUAUAUGUUAUUUAUAUGUUAUUUUCAUAUAGUCGGACUUGAGUCCUGGAAAUGGGAAGUACAAUGCCUGCACUUUAAAGGAGGGGUUUGGGAUAUUGGCAGUUUGGAGGGAUAUGUUGUGUAUCUUUAUAUGUGUAUGCUUCUAGACUGUUGUAUUCUGAGCACUUCUGCAAAAACAGUGAUAAUGUGCGAGUGUGGUGAAAGUGUUGAAUGAUGAUGAAAGUAUUUUCUUUUUGGGGAUUUUCUUUCUUUUUUGGGUCACCCUGCCUCGGUGGGAGACGGCCGACUUGUUGAAAAAAAAAAAAAAAUAUAUUAUAUAUAUAUAUAUAUAUACAGUGGACCCCCGGUUAACGAACUUUUUUCAUUCCAGUAGUAUGUUCAGGUGCCAGUACUGACCGAAUUUUUUCCCAUAAGGAAUAUUGUGAAGUAGAUUAGUCCAUUUCAGACCCCCAAACAUACACGUACAAACGCACUUACAUAAAUACACUUACAUAAUUGGUCGCAUUGGGAGGUGAUCGUUAAGCGGGGGUCCACUGUAUAUAUAUAUAUAUGUCGUGCCGAAUAUGUAAAACUGGUCAAUUAGCAAGAACUCAUUUAAAAUUAAGUCCUUUCUAAAAUUUUCUCUUAUACGUUUAAAGAUAUAUUUUUUUCAUUAAUAUUAAUGUAAAAAAAUUUAAUUUUGCACCAAAAGAAUCUUAGAAAACUUACCUAACCUUAUUAUAACAAGAGCAAUUUAUUUUAGCCUAACUCAACUAAAUAUAUUUUAAAUUUGUUAACAAUAAUUUAAUACUAAACAAACCCAGUGAAAUAUAUUUUUUUCGUUAGGUUCAGAAUGAUUUUGGCGAAAUUAUUGCAUACACAAAUUUUCACUUGGCUUAUAUGGCAAGAUGAACGUUGCUAUUUAAGCCAAGAUUGCAAGUUCUGCCUAUUCGGCACGACAUUAUAUAUAUAUAUAUAUAUAUAUAUUAUAUAUAUAUAUAUAUAUAUAUAUAUAUAUAAACUAAGGGAGGAGGAAGUUCGGGUGAGAUAUAAGCGACUAUUGGCAGAAAGGUGGGCUAGUGCAAAGAUGAGU